GGAGGAAGCCCACCAAGGCUCACCGUAACAACAUUCCUCACCGGUGGACAGCUCAACUGAUGAAGAAAUGGACCCAGAAAAUAGUAGCAGAGCAGGUCUUGCUCUCCCAAACCCACAAGGGCCCUCCAGUGCACCUGAAAUUGAACUUUCAGAAGUAUCUCUCCAUGAAAAUCCCUUACUGGAGAAGGCUGCUUCAUCCCCACCAUGCCAUACAUGGUUGCUAUUUUUGAAGAGGGAGCUGGAAUUUCUGGGGGUAACACAAAUUCUGGUUGGCUUGAUAUGUCUUUGUUUUGGAACGAUUGUCUUCUCCGUGAUCAAUAUUUCAGAAUUUAAGGAAGACGUUUUUUCAUCAUUUAAAGCAGGCUACCCAUUCUGGGGAGCAGUGUUUUUUACUAUUUCUGGGUUUUUGCCAAUUAUGGCUGAAAAGAAACACGCUACUUAUCUGGUGUGGGGAACCCUGGGGGCCAACACCGUCAGCAGCAUAGCUGCUGGGAUAGGAAUCUUCAUCCUGAUGGUCAACGUGAAGAGGAGCUUGGCUUAUAUCUACAGCUGCCAGGAAGCUUAUAGAGAGGACUUCUGCUUUAUGGCUUGUUUUUCCACUGAAAUUGUGGCAAUGAUCUUGUUUCUCACCAUUCUGGGAUUUUGCAGUGCUGUGUCCCUCAUAAUCUAUGGGGUUGGAGAAGUAGUCCAAGGGAACAAGAUUGCAGAAGAUCGUCUUUAUGAAGAAUUAAACAUAUAUUCACCAAUUUACAGUGAGUUGGAAGACAAAGUGGAGGCAUCUUCUCCCGCUGAUUCGUAAGAAUCAUGUCUUCAGAACAUUCUGACUCACAGCAAAGGGUCUAGAACAGAAUUUUUGUUUAAGGGGCUACCAGCAAAAUUUCGAUUCUAUGAUCUGCCAGUUUUGUAUUAGGAUUUAUUCUCCAGAGGUUAAUAUUCUGUCUUUUGUUUCUGUUCACCUACACUGCCCCCCCAUUUGUGGAUAUGUGAUAGACUCCUAUUUUUCUUGUUUUCUAUUGCUGUCUCAUACAGCAACUUUUGUGGGAAGUCAACAUGUAAUCAGCAAGCAUUUGCUUUGUGCCUAUAACCGUGCAAAUAAAGGAAAAAGUGGAAGGUUGGUUGAGCACUGAGUUAAACUUUGACAGUUUUGGAACACCUGGGUGGCUCAGUCGGUUAAGUGUCACACUCGAUUUUGGCUCAGGUCAUGGUGUCAUGAGGCAUGAGAUCAAGCCCCAUGUCCGGCUCCUCGCUCAGUGGGGAGUCUGCUUGU